UCCUCAUUACAAUCUCCUUAGAGCUCUUUUUCUUUACUACGUGGAGCUGAAAUAUCCAAAAACAUGCCUUGCACUUGUACCUGGAGGAACUGGAGACAGUGGAUUCGACCUUUAGCGGUGGUCAUCUACCUGGUGUCCAUAGUGGUUGCAGUUCCCCUAUGCGUGUGGGAAUUACAGAAACUGGAGGUUGGAAUACACACUAAGGCUUGGUUUAUUGCUGGAAUUUUUUUGCUGUUGACUAUACCUAUAUCUCUCUGGGUGAUACUGCAACACUUAGUGCAUUAUACACAACCUGAACUACAAAAACCAAUAAUAAGGAUUCUUUGGAUGGUACCCAUAUACAGUUUAGAUAGUUGGAUAGCAUUGAAAUAUCCCAGCAUUGCAAUAUAUGUGGAUACUUGCAGAGAAUGCUAUGAAGCUUAUGUCAUUUACAACUUUAUGGGAUUCCUUACCAAUUACCUAACUACCCGGUAUCCAAAUCUGGUAUUAAUCCUUGAAGCCAAAGACCAACAGAAACAUUUCCCUCCUUUAUGUUGCUGCCCACCAUGGCCUAUGGGAGAAGUAUUGCUUUUUAGAUGCAAACUGGGCGUAUUACAGUAUACUGUUGUCAGACCAUUCACCACCAUUGUUGCAUUAAUCUGUGAGCUGCUUGGUGUAUAUGAUGAAGGGAAUUUUAGCUUUUCAAAUGCUUGGACUUACUUGGUUAUAAUAAACAACAUGUCACAAUUGUUUGCCAUGUAUUGCCUCCUGCUAUUUUAUAAAGUACUAAAGGAAGAACUCAGUCCAAUCCAACCUGUUGGAAAAUUUCUGUGUGUAAAGCUGGUGGUUUUUGUUUCUUUUUGGCAAGCAGUAGUUAUUGCUUUGUUGGUAAAAGUUGGCGUUAUUUCUGAAAAACAUACAUGGGAAUGGCAAACUGUAGAAGCUGUGGCUACAGGACUCCAGGACUUUAUUAUCUGUAUUGAGAUGUUUCUUGCUGCUAUUGCUCAUCACUACACUUUCUCAUAUAAACCGUAUGUCCAAGAAGCAGAAGAAGGCUCGUGCUUUGAUUCUUUUCUUGCUAUGUGGGAUGUUUCAGAUAUUAGAGAUGAUAUUUCUGAACAAGUAAGACACGUUGGAAGGACAGUCAUGGGACAUCCUAGGAAAAAAUUUUUUCCUGAGGAUCAAGAUCAAAAUGAACAUACAAGUUUAUUAUCGUCGUCAUCACAAGAUGCAAUUUCUGUUGCCUCUUCUAUGCCAUCUUCACCCAUGGGUCACUACCAAGGGUUUGGACACACAGUGACCCCCCAGACUACACCAACUGCAUCUAAGAGACCUGAUGAACUGUUUAAUGACUUGACAGAAGAAAAAGCACCUUCAGAUAAAUCUGUGGCCUCAUGAACAGUAGAUGCAGCAAACUGCGCUAUUACCAUGCUAUUUCAUUACCUGGUAUCCCAUUGCUCAGGAUUUUGUGCUUGGGACAAGUCAUACAUGAUGGACAGUUCCAACAUGAAGAUCGGUGAAGGCCAAGUACAACAAUUGAACUUAUAUAAUUAUGUUUUAUAUGUAAGUCUAAAUUCCCUAGAAUUCGACUUGAUUUUUUAACACUAGAAUAUUACAUACUCAUAUAGUAGAAAAUGACUCCAACUAAAUGUUCCUGAUAUUACAUUGCUUCAUCAAGAGGAUGGGCAUUUUUUUU